AUGAAGACCUUAAGAAUUGUAUUUGCUCUGGCAUUAGCUUGUUUGGCUAAGGUUGAAGCUACUCAUUGUGGGGGAUCUCCAUACCUUCCAGAUCCUUGUUUAGAUCUUUGUUUCGGGCCACCAGCACCACUAUGUUUACCAGAAAGCCCACUUCCUUGCUUACCACCAUGCCCACCACCCUGCCCACUUCCUUGCUUACCUCCAUGCCCACCACCCUGCCCACCAUGUUUCCUACCACCACCACCACCAUGCUUCCUGCCAGCACCACCAUGUCCUCCUCCUCUCUCUCUUCCUCUUCCUUGCUUACCACCAUGUCCACUUCCUUGUCUACCACCUCCAUGUGUUCCACCUCCGAAAUUGAUACCAGUACCACUAUCACCUUUACCUUGUUUCUCUAUUCCACCAUUAUGUCCAACAUGCCCACUUCCUUGCCUACCACCUAGCCCACUACCUUGUUUACCACCACUACCACCAUGUUUCCUGCCAGCACCACCUUGCCCACUUCCUUUCUUACCUCCAUGCCCACCACCCUGCCCCCCACUACCUUGUUUACCACCACUACCACCAUGCUUCCUGCCAGCACCACCUUGCCCACUCCCUUGCCUACCACCAUGUCCACCACCAUGCUCACUACCUUGUCUGGCACCUCCAUGUGUUCCACCACCAAAUUUGAUACCAGUACCACUAUCACCUCUACCUUGUUUCUCUAUACCGCCAGUAUGUCCACCUUGUCCACCAUUAUGUCCACCUUGUCCACCACCUCCUUGCUACUAUUAA